AUGGCAAACGAGAGCAGUGGACAGGCGUUCCCGGCACAUCAACACCCUGCUCAAUGUUCCGACAAUGUCAAAUAUUUGAGCAACGACGAGAUCCAACAAUUCAUUGAUGAUCUCGAUCACAAUGACGACGGCUUCAUCGACUACAAGGAGAUUGAGCAAAAGUUCGAUCAAGCCCACCAAGAGCUUGUGCCCAAACCCCAUGCGCACCACAUCAUCAAACGCGGGCAUGACUCCCAUGACAGAGACGCCCGACACGUCUUCCUCCGAAGUAUGAUGGGCUCGGACGCCGAUCGCAUUUCUCGUCAAGAUUUCGCAGACAUCGUUCGCCAAUGGAACAUUCCUUCCUUGAUGCAAGCCAAGAAAGAAGAGGAAGACGAGAAGACGGCCUACUGGGCUGUCCACGGCCCUGAAGUCGCGUUCCUCGCUCUUGUGAUCUCGAUCCAGGUUGCUUUCGGCGUCUGGCAGCUUGUGAAAUACUCCAUGGCGCCUGAAUACCGGGCUGCGUUUGGUUGGGGAGCUGUCAUGGCUAAAACCUGCGCAGGCGCCCUCUACCCGACCUUCUUUUUCCUCAUCUUGAGCAUGUCCCGGUAUCUGUCAACGGCGCUCCGCAGAUCGUAUUGCAUUUCAAGGUUCAUCAAUUGGGAUUUGUCUCAGGAUUUUCACAUUCGAAUUUCUUGUGUGGCUAUUCUACUUGCCACGCUGCAUGCCCUUGGCCACCUGACUGGAUCGUUUGUCCACGGGAGCAACUCUGCCAAUGAGCAAGCGGUGGCCGAUUUAUUGGGACCUGACUGGGUCCCGCGUUCUUACAUUGCCUACAUUCGCUCCCUCCCCGGGUUUACCGGUCUUACAGCGCUCGGACUCAUGUACGUCUUGUCUCUUCUCAGUAUCCCGCAGGUGCGCCGUUGGAACUAUGAGCUAUUCCAACUCGGACAUCUUCUGAUGUUCCCAAUAAUCGGCUUGAUGAUGGCUCACGGCACAGCCCACCUUCUUCAAUGGCCCAUGUUUGGCUACUUCCUCGCUUUCCCAACGUUGCUGGUGUUUGUUGAACGGGCGAUCCGCACCAUGCUAGGAUUCUACUCCAUCUCUGCUCGGCUCAAGGUUCUGGAUGAUGAAGCGGUGGAAGUCAUCGCUGUGAUUCCAAGGGAACGUCUGUGGAAGUAUCGCGCGGGACAGUACAUCUUCCUGCAAGUCCCUAAAAUAAGCUUCUUUCAGUGGCAUCCAUUUACCGUAUCGUCUUGCCGCGGUAAAGAGGUGACUGUCCAUAUCAAGACGGACGGCAACUGGACCAGGAGAUUACGCGAGCUGGGUGGUACAACAGGUGAUUCAGAGAUCCGUGUUGGGGUAAACGGACCUUUCGGCGCUCCCGCUCAGCGUUUCUACGAUUUCAGCCAUUCAGUUAUCAUCGGUGCUGGCAUAGGCGUCACUCCAUUCUCAGGGAUUCUUGCUGAUUUGCAGCACAAGGAUGACCUGGACCAUGGUGGCCCAUUAAGACCGACUGUGCAUCCUGAUUCAUUGGCAGAUAUAACGCAGACCUCACCAGGCCUGACUGAGAGCUCGACUGAUGAGACAGCGUCAGCGGGUCAAGUAAGAAAUGAAGAGCUCUCGAACGAUGAUGCUAGGGGGUUUGCAGAUGACUAUCGCCGUGUGGAUUUCCACUGGAUGGUCCGAGACAGAAACUACUUGCUUUGGAUUUCCGACCUCCUGAAUGAAGUCUUCGUUAGUCAAACUUGGCAUCGCGAGAACGAACAACGCCGACACCUGGAUAUUCGCCUCAACACACACGUCACAGCCAAGAGCAAGAGCGUGGUGACACACGUCUAUCGUUGGCUCUUGGAAAUGCACCGUACCGAAGAGCAUCCAGUCUCACCGCUCACUGGCCUGCUGAACCCUACACACUUUGGGCGGCCUGAUUUCGAUAAAAUUCUGGACGAGCAUUAUGACGAGCUGCGGGAAGAUCAGUUGAGGAGGCAAAAGAAGGAAUUGGAAAGCUCCCCAGGCGUUGGAGACGACGUCGACAAGGAGCUCAAGGUGGGCGUUUUCUAUUGCGGAGCGCCGGUUGUUGGAGAGAUUCUCGCCGAUAAGUGCAGAGAGUUGACCACGAGGGGCCGGCAUGAUGGGAGUAAGAUUGAAUAUCAUUUCAUGAUCGAAGUAUUUGGAUAG